AUGUCCACGACAGACGUCCGGUCGGAUGAGUUACCCUCCACGCUCCUGUGGGUCGUUGAUCGCGAAGUCAACUUCGGGCGGCUGUGGGGGAAUGAGAGUCAUCGCAAUACGCCAGGUGUAGCUCCCACCUGGUCAUGGGGCAGCGUGACGGGGCGCGUGGCGUUUUUGUUCUGGCACCUGAGUUAUGGGCGUGGAAAGUGGGCGGAGAGAGAACCUGAUUUCACGGAUGUGACGGUUAAGUGCACGCCGGUGGGGCGGAAUAGGGUUUGGUUGACGGGGGGGUCGGAGUGGCAUUUUCCUUUUAGGAUGGAGACUAAAAAGGCCGAUGGGACGGUGGGGAAGACGAAUGGGUUUUUUUAUCCGGAUACGGAGGAUGUUUUGGGGGAGUUACAGGCUGGGCGGAGGGAUGGGGUGGAGAUGGUGGUGGUUGGUGUUUAUGAGUCGAGGAUGUUUCUUGUGCUGAGGAAGGUGGGGGUGGGUAAGUUGGUUUUUGAGAGGAUGAUUCACUACAAUGAAUUCGAUCGGGUGGUUCUUAAAGACUGGGGACGGAAGGAGCGGUUUACGAUUGUUUGA